AUGGGUGACUUUACCCGAGAAGAUGAGUACCAGUUGGACACCCUUCGAGCUGCGAGGGACUGCGGUAACUUAUCACCCGGAGAGUUUGAGUCACUUCAGUACCUGGAAAGGAAGUAUGAUGCCUUCAUCGAAGAUGGUAUACGCAAAUUAGAGAGAAUGGCUCCCCAGAGUGCAAGGAGGGAACAUAUGUUGCCUUUUGUUUUCAUCUCAUGGCCUGCUUUGUGGUCACUUCUAACACUGUUACUUGUUACGUUCUACCUAUUAACUUAUGGACAACAGGGAAUUCUCGUGCAGACCCUUCUGAGGUGGCAGGUGUGUCUUGCUGCUCUAAUGCUGCUUGCAAGCACACCACUCACGUUUACGCGUUGCCGCGAUCGCAGAUUCGUAGAAGUGGGCGUACUAGUGGCCUUCAUGAUGUUCAGUGGCGUAUUUAUGCUGACAUCAUUGUGGGUUAUUCACCAUCUCCGUAGCUUGUCGGACUCGGAGUGGGACAUCAACACAUGUGUCAUCGUUGGAGUAGCGAAUUCCUCUCUUAUGCUCCUCUCAGGUUUGUUGCUAAUGAAGGUUCUUGAGAUGUAA